AAACAAGACUUUAUAAGUGAGGUUUGAGGUUAAUUUCGUUGGUUGUUGUGUACAUGGAAUGAAUUAAAAUGUCCGGCUCCGCACAUCAUUUUCUACCAGGACUCGCAAAUGUUCAGCCGAGUGGUAUGCGAUCGCAAUUUGUCGGAGGACCAAUGCAAAAUCAAAUGAGCGCUGCAAUGCAAAAUCCUUUAAAUAACCAGUUAGCAAAUCAGCAGUUACCGGUCCAAUUAUCGAAUCAAAUGAAUACACAGUUAAGCAAUCAAAUGGUAUCGCAAAUGUCGAAUUCUAUGAAUAACCAAAUGGGUAAUUCAAUGAGUGGUGGGCAAAUGUUAGGAGCCAUGGGACAAAUCAAUCAACAGUAUAAUAUGGGAAAUACAAAUCCUUUAAGUCAGGCACCAAAUAUGCAGAUGCAACAGACUGCUAUAGGUUUGCAACAUCACACAAUGCAACAGCAAGUGUUACAGACAACACCAAAUGUUGCACCUACACCUCCGUUACAACAACAUACACAGCAGUCGAAAGAAUUCAAUACUGCUUCACUAUGUAGGCUAGGCCAAGAAACUGUGCAAGAUAUUGUUAGUAGGACACAAGAAGUGUUCCAAACUUUAAAAACUAUUCAGCCUCCAAAUGGAACACCACAGGGAAGCGUUACAUGCAAUGAAAAGAAAGCGAAAGUUCAAGAACUCCUAAGGAGUAUUCGUGUACUAUUUAAACGCCUUCGGCUCAUAUACGAACGUUGCAAUGAGAAUUGCCAGUUGCAAGGCAUGGAAUACACCCACGUCGAAAGCUUAAUACCCUUUAAAGACCAAAGUGAUCUGAAGCACGACGAGAAGAAGAAUUCUGAAGCAUAUCGAUUGGCUUGCGAGGAAAGCAAGGAAGUGAUGGAACAGGUGGUGUUGAAAAACAGGCAGCUAAAAGAAGUAAUUGAUCAUUUAAGACGAAUUAUUUGGGAAAUAAAUACAAUGUUAACUAUGAGAAGGUCGUAAUGUUACUUUAUUUGUUUUGUAGGACUGUUAAUGUAAUUUUUAUUGUACAGCGGUAGAACAGGACCUUAUAUUUAUUGAUUUGUAACUACAGUAAAAGUUCUUUUUACAAUA